UGGCCAGCAUACUCACCAGAUCUUAACCCAAUAGAACACCUCUGGUGGAUCCUUAAGAAACGCAUGCACCAAUUCUACCCACAAUAUAGUAAUUACAGCGCAACUCAGGAACAAUGGGAUGGUUUUUGUAGAGCUUUAAAAGACUGCUGGCGGAGGAUACCGCGUAGGUAUAUCGAGUCGCUGAUUGGCUCAAUGCCGCGCCGCCUAGCAGCCUGUAGAGUCUCACGAGGCUGGCAGACAAAGUACUAG